AUGGCGUUCCAGGGAUGGAUGGCUCCCGUCCAUUACCGUGUUCCCCUUCUCUCUGCUGUGCGCUCUCUUCUCCUUCGUACGAUGUUCCAACUUCUUGACCUUCCAGAAUCAUGGACCCAGAUGUUCUUACAGAAGGGAUACGCUGGGUGUAUGGAUGUGUCCUGUCCUGUCCUGCUCAGCCAGCCAGCCAGCAAGCCAGCAAGCCAGGUCCCCCCUUCUUCCUUUAGUUACGCUUACGAAGGAGCCGCUUUCAUCUCCGGCAGCUCGUCUUUCGCCACAUCUGCAUGCUCGGAUGUCCCAUUUCUGCUGCUGGCUCUGCUGCUUCAUCGUCGUUCGUCUUCUGGCUUUUUCCCCCGCUUUUUCCAGGUUUGCUGCUUGCUCUUGAUCGUCCGGCAUGUCUGCGAGGAUGGGCCGAGAGCUCCUCAGGCUGAUGUCACUUGGCUUGUUGAGGGAUGUCCCCCCCCUGGGGGCCCUCUUCGGCUGGAUAGGGAGAUCGGAGGAGCCUCCCCCUUUCGAUCGAUGACGUCCUCUCCAUGGCAAAAAGUGGCUCCCCCUUUGGGUGGCUAA